GACGAUUAUGCAAAUGACCAGCAGAGAAUCGUGUAGAGGAAUAUUCAGACAAAAUAACUUGCUGACUGCAAUUGCAAUUCAUAUACAGGAGUGCCUUAUUUUUGUAUUCAAAAAUAAACAUUACUUCCAAACUAAAUCGGUAACAACGUACAACACUAGAACAACAAAGUUGAAAUAUCCAAAACAUAGACUAACACUGACCGAAAAGGGACCAGAAUACAGUUGCAUUAAAUAUUACAACAAGGUUACAGAUCACAUAAGAGAAACAACAGCACUUAAAAUUUUCAAAAAACAAAUCUUCAAACUGUUGGUACAAAUAGAACCCUAUACUGUUGAUGAAUUUCUGAUGUAUGAGAUGGGAGAUACCUCAAACUGUUAAUUACAUACCUUGACACUAUUUCAUUUCAAGAAGUAAUGUAUUAUUAUGUUGCUACUUAAUUUGAAAUAAAGCUUAUUAUUAU